UAACACUGAGAUGUCUUGUACCUGAAAAAUUCGGGUUACCCUCCCGAUAAUUGCGGUUGUUGCAAUCGCACGAACACUAGCGUCAACGCAGCAUGUGCGAAGGGGGCGUUCCGAAAUUAGUUCCCAGUACUAUCGACAGCCUGUUAUCUCUUUUGCGCUGCCGCGUUCGUGAGUAGUUCUACCUCUGUCGCCCAUGACGAGCACUGUAAAUGUCAUACUAAACACACGAGUCAAAUCAAUGAGUCAAAUAUCGUUAAUCCGCACGUGUGACUCGCGCAAUGUUCCGAAUACUUGUGAAGGAAAGUUUGAUUGAGAAACAAGCGAAAUUUAAUAAAAUAACUUGAAAGGAGUAGAGCAAGGGCAAACAAAAAGUCUAGAGGAAACGUAACCUAACCUGAACGCGCAAACUUCAGGUCAAACACCGAAGCUGGGCUUGUAGGAAUUCGCGUUGAUUUUGGAUAUUAUGUUUACUAGAAAAGAACAAUUGAUUGCACGUACAGGAAAGAAUAAGGUUGGACGUUUUGAAUUCUUAAAACUUUUGACCAACGAAUUCAAAACUUCAAAGUCUAAAGAAGCAAAGACACAAGUGUUGGCUAACUUGGUCAAUUUUGCCUACGAUCCAAUAAACUAUGAAUAUCUACGUAAACUGAGAGUCAUCGAUCUGUUUCUAUAUUUACUCUCCGAAGAUGACAAAGAUUUUGUCCGUUUUUCCAUCGGUGGAGUCUGCAACUUGUGUUUAGAUCCACAGAACAAGGAUUACAUCAUUCACAGUCACGGUGUGCAGGCUGUAUCGUCUCUGCUGACGUCCUCUGAUGAAGAAACGGUUCUUUCAGCUAUAACGACACUGAUGUUCCUGAUCACGCCUUUUUCAAAACCACUAAUAACUUCCCCUGAAAUUAUUGAAUCUAUGAUAUAUUUCUCAAAUAGUUCCAACAUUAGAAUUAAAAACUUGGCAACGAUAUUCCUCACAGAUUACUGUUCUGAUACCAACGUUAAGCACAUUAAAGAACAUCCAACAGUUGUUCCAGUUUCCGCGAUUCCGCUACCAUCCGUGAUGAAUAGCAGGCUUUUUACACUCUGCGCAAGGAAUUCAAGGUCCUACAGUGCCAAACUUCCAUCUAAACUUGCCUCUGAUCAAAACCUCAAGCCUGGCGAUAGCAUAACUAUAACUAAAUCGAUAACCGAGGAUGAUAUUCUGAGUUUCGCCAAGCUCACUGAUGACUUCAAUCCAAUUCAUAUAACGUCUCCUAAAAACAUUGUACAUGGAGCAUUCCUAAAUGGUUUGGUUUCCGGUGUUAUCGGUACUAAAUUGCCAGGUGCUGGGACGAUAGUCGUCGAACAGAUAAUCAGGUAUCCAAAGCCAUGUUAUGCUGGCGAUACUGUUUCAAUAAGCGUUGAAAUAGUCACUGUAAGGAAAAUUAUCAAGUGUAAAUAUCGAUGCAUCGCUAAUAUGGAACGAAUCGUUCUUGAAGGUGAAGCUAAACUCAUGGCGAGUAAUGCCCAAGUGAAGAAAAUAAGCUUCACGCAGUAGGAUUUAUAUAUCUGUUCACUAAUUUUAACUUUUUUGUUAUUUAAAUGUGUAAUAAUAAAAGUGAAAUCUUGAGAAAUAAGUUGCUCAGUUUUCCAAUAGAACAAA